CCUCAACUUCUCCAAUCAUACAGUUGCACUCCCUUAAGUGUACUACAGGCCCCUUCCCGCGUCCUACACGUUCUUCGUUCUGGCCAUUGUACGACAGCAUGACCUCUUUCAGGGAGAUUACGCCGCUGGACAUGUUGAUUUCACGAUAAUCACUCCGCCCAUGCACUAAAACAUGCCGGUCCCUUUCUCACGCUCGAGGGUCGCGCUCGCCCUCACACUGGUGCUCAUCUUCUCCCUCGGCCUACACCUGGCCUUUCGCGCGCCUUCUCGGCCCAAAUGGACUUCAUAUUAUCCGGCUGCGGAGAAGCCGGUAAUCCAAACAAGUCGAUUCCCAUGUCGGGAUCUUGCCACCGUCGAAGAUCUGGUCGUGGUCAUGCGCACCGGAGCGACGGAAAUCCAGGACAAGCUGCCGAAGCACUUCCAAACCACGUUUCAGUGCUUUGACAAUCUCCUCGUCUUCUCCGACUAUGAAGAACUCUUCCAGGACUACCCCGUGCACGAUGUUCUCAAAAACAUGAACCCUGACAUAGUCGCAUCGAAUCCCGACUUUGAGAUCUACCGUCGGCUGAAAGCGAAGGGGCGAUCGGCGCUACGUCCCGAAGAGCUCUCCGGCGGCGCGAGCUUUGAAGGCAGCAAAGUCGGCAAGAUCGAAAAUCCGGGCUGGAAACUGGACAAGUGGAAGUUUCUGCCCAUGAUUCGGGAAUCGCUGGAUCUGCGCCCGGAAGGCUGGUGGUUCGUUUUCGUCGAGUCCGACAGCUACGUUGUAUGGUCCAACCUCUUGCAGUGGAUAAAGAAGCUGGAUCCGUACGACCCACACUACUACGGUAGCGAAAACAUGAUCGGAUUCGAUGUCUACGCGCACGGCGGCUCCGUCUUCGUCUUGUCCCGGCCUGCGAUGGAGAAGGUUGCGAAGCUCUACGCCGAGAAGCCAAACUACUGGCACCACUACACUGCGCAACAUUGGGCCGGCGACUGCAUUCUGGGCAAAGCGCUGAAAGCGGUCGACGUGGAUCUGACGUACUCAUGGCCCAUGUUCCAAGGCGGGCACCCCGAGAAAAUGGACUUUUCGCAGCCAAAGGCAUUCACGAACGAAGCGAUGUGGUGCAGGCCUGCCCUCUCCUACCAUCACCUCGCCUCACCCGAAGUGGAGAGGAUGUGGAACUUGGAGCAAGGAUGGAUUCGGGAACGGCUGGUUGCGGCCGCGAAAGAGAAUCGCAAGCCCUUCGACAAUCGACAGGCAGACAUUCUGCACCACGGAGAAAUUUUCAGGAAGCUGGUCCUUCCUAACAUCACCGCCGACCGGAGCGAGUGGAACAAUCUCUCGCCCGACUUGGUCGUUGCGGGCAAUCACGACUACGAAACAUGCAAACGUUUGUGUCAAGACAACGCCGACUGUCUCCAAUUCUCCGUGGGGCCGCCGGGAUGCUCAAUCGGUACCAAGUUCCCCGAGCUGGGCCAGCGGUGGGCAGACUACCAGUCACACUGGAUGAAUGAUCGGGUUGAUGCAUGGAUGGCUCGCCUCGAAGGCUGCAAGGGAGUUGAGGGCUGGUCGGUUACUUGAUAUGGGGGCAUAGCGAUGCAUUUCCGCGAUAGCGCAUGGUUACUGUAUAUGAUACCACAUAAUCGAGACUGUUCAAAGCGGCGC